UAUUCAAUGUCGCUCUUUUAUUACGUCACAGAAGGCGCAGACAUACACGUGUGGACGAGACCGCAAAGAAUCUUCCCAAAAUCAAAUUUGCGAAUGUUUUGCAGCUAUGAAUGACUUACCUGCAGAUGUGAAGACUUUCCUGCUCAAGCAUCCUUUUCUAGAGGUGACUGACAGCAAAAAGAUAAAGUGCACACUGAACGGGCAUGAGUUUCCAUGCAACCUGGAGGAGCUGCAGAAGUUCGUUAAAGGGAAAAAGUAUCUGAAGCUGAGCUCUCAAGCAGAGUUUAACUACAGCCAGUUUGAACCCCACAUAGUGUCAAGCUCAAAACAACCCAAUCAGCUCUUCUGUAAGUUGACCCUCAGACACCUAAAUAGACAGCCACACCAUGUAUUAAGGCACGUCAACGGGAAGCGCUUCAAGAAGGCUCUCGCCAAAUAUGAGGACUGUGUGAAGCAGGGCAUCACGUUCGUCCCAAUUAGACUUCAGCAGAAAAGGCCGAAGGAGACGGGCACAGACGUCCAAUGGGGCAACAAGUCCAAACAUGGCAACGGCACAUUUGAGCCAUCCUCCAGCAACGAUGAAGACCAUAACGACUCCGAAGACAGCAUGAGCGACCUAUACCCCACGUCGAUGUUCUCUUUGAAGAACCCGGCCGAGAACAUGGAGGCGGAAGAGUGCAAGGAUAAGGAUGACUUCCAAACCAGUGACGAUGACGAGAUGGAGGUGGACACGCUAGCCAUACAGAAACGUAAAAAGGUCUGCAGAAUUUGUCUGUUGAAUCUGCAUGACCACACUAUUACAGAACAGGCAUUUUGUUCACAUUUCAACAAGUGCGGGAAAUGUUUUUGUCAAAAUACACCAAAAAUGAAAAGAAAUGUCAGACUGAUAUCAGUUCAAAGUACAGAAAUGCAUAUAUUUUUAAAAAAGGUUCACUUGUUAAUGGGUGCACAUAAACCACAGACUCAUCUACUAUGUUCCCUUAAAUCGUAGCUUGUAUUUA